AUGAGCUCCCCGCAGGAACAGGGCUUCCGGCUCCUGACCGAGUACACGAAUGGUUUCAUGCUGUCCCAGGUUCUGUUUGCCGCCUGUGAGCUGGGUGUGUUUGACCUUCUCUCCGAGGCCCCGGAGCCCCUGGGCUCAGAGGCAGUGGCUGUGCGUCUGGGCACCAGCUCCCAUGGGACACAGCUCCUGCUGGACACCUGUGUGUCCCUGAAGCUGCUUCAGGUGCAGACGAGCAGAGGAAAAGCUUUAUAUCAAAACACAGAGCUCUCCAGCACCUACCUGGUCAGGGCCAGUCCCAAGUACCAGGGCAACAUGCUUCUGUACCUGGCCAGGACGACGUACCUGUGCUGGGGCCACCUGGCCCAGGCCGUGAGGGACGGCAAGAACCAGUACCAGGAGGCGUUUGGGGUUCCCUCCGAUGAGCUCUUCACGGCCAUCUACAGGUCGGAGGGCGAGCGUGUGCAGUUCAUGCGCGGUCUGCAGGACGUCUGGAGCGUCAGCGGGAGAGCGGUGCUGGAGGCCUUCGACCUGUCUCCGUUCCGGCUCAUCUGCGACGUCGGCGGCUGCUCCGGGGCUCUGGCCAAGGAGUGCACGGCCCUGUACCCUGGGUGUCGGGUCACCGUCUUCGACACCCCCGAUGUCGUGCGCGCGGCCAAGGAGCACUUCCCAUUCCUGGAGGACGACCGCAUCCGCUUCUGGGAAGGAGAUUUCUUCGAAGACCCCCUUCCGGAGGCAGAGCUUUACAUCCUGGCGAGGGUCCUGCACGACUGGAGCGACCAGCGAUGUGCCCGUUUGCUGGCGAGGAUCCGUCGGGCCUGCAAACCAGGGGGCGCUGUCCUGGUGAUUGAAAGCCUCCUGGACGCGGACGGCCGGGGCCCUCUGACCACACAGCUGUACUCGCUGAACAUGCUCGUGCAGACAGAGGGCCGGGAGAGGACCCCUGCCCAGUACCUCGCGCUCCUGGGCCCUGCCGGCUUCCGGGACGUGCAGUACAGGAGGACCGGGGGCCUGUACGAUGCCAUUCUAGGCAGGACGGGGCUCCCUGCCGGCUGCAGCUAGCAGCCCGACCCGAGCACCCCCAAAAAGGGCGACCUCCAUGGGCUUCCUCGUUUGGGGGGCUUGACAAGGGACUGGGGGUCUCUGCUCACGGUUGUGGGAUAUGCAUCGCUCUGUGGAUUUUGGCUUGUUGUUUGUUCUAUUCUGUCCUAUCCUAUCCUGUAUUCUGUUCGAUUCUGUUUUAUUCUAGUCUAGUCUAGUCUAGUCUCUAUUCUGUUAUAUACAAUUCUAUUCUGUCCUAUCCUAUCCUAUCCUAUCCUGUAUUCGGUUCUGUUCUAUUCUAUU